CGGAAAUAGGAAAACAUGACGACAAUAAUGCCACCUUGUGUCAAAAUGAGGCGCAAUAAGAAUUGUGAUCCAUCAAAAGACAACGUUAUGUUAAAUGAAAAUGAAAAUGAAAACAUUGAUUUAUUUUUCCGUUUUUACAGUCUAUUAGGUAUUUCCUUAUAUGGAUACGAACAAUCGAAAAAGUCUUGGAUUCUGUCAUUUUCUUUCAUUUUAACGUCAAUAUGGCGUACAUAUUUCAUUAUAACCUCAUCAUUUGUCUUGUAUUCACAUGGACAAAUGUUUAUCGAAUUCUAUUCACAAUUCAUCAAAUCAAUCAAAACACAGCCAUUAUUGAAAUUUUCAUUCGUUUGGUCUUGGCGGAUUAAGAAUCUAUUCAAUUUCGUAUUGAUUAUUUUAUUUAUUUUCAAUGGAACAAAAAUCUUGAAAUGUUUCAAUAGUUCAAUUUUAUUUAAAUAUGAUCAUCAUAUAAAAAUAUCGAAAUCAAUAUCAAUUCGUCUAUUAUGCUAUAUGUCCAUGUUUGCGUUCAUUGUAUGGUUUAUUUACAAACAAUUUCAUCAAAUUAAUUUUUUACAUCUAUUACUUGUUUCACAUAUGUAUUUCGGCUAUACCUAUAUGGCAUUCUUUUAUGAUCUUCAUUUUUUAAUGUUUUCUCUAUCCAAGAGAACAUUUAACAUAUUGAUCCGAAAGCUCAGUGAAAUUGAUGAUAAUAAUCUAACUAAAGAUGAUUCAUUCGAAUUGAUUAACGAUAUAAAAGCCUUAGGUAAAACACUAUAUGAAUUCAAUCGGAUGUGUUCAAUGACAUUGUUCUGCAGCGUAAUCGACACCGUUUUUUCUUACCUGAAUAAUAUUGUCUUUUUCUUUGGCCAAACAAAAUUUCAUGGCAAUGAAAUAUUUUUUUUUCAUUUCUUCAUGAAUAUUUUACGAUCAAUAUUUAUUUGUAUUCUAUCAUGGACCUCACAGAAUGUUAUUAAUCGAUUCGAUGACAUUUAUUAUGAAUUAUUGGAUAAAUCGAUCGAAACAUCACAUAAUUAUUAUUCAAAAUAUCAAAAACAUUCAAAAGCUAUCUCAUUAUCAAACGCUUUUAAAAUACAUGAACUUGCCGUCUAUCGUCGUCAUUUUAAGUCUUAUUAUUUCUAUGAAAUUUUACCAAUGUGUCUUGGAUCACUUGGACAUAUUUGCAUAUUCAUUUUUCAAUAUAUGAUUAUAUUCAUACAGACUUCACUUGUAUGAAUAUAAAUUCCAUAUAAUGAUCUGAUAUAAUAGAAUAUUUCAAAAAAAAAAUUUAUUCAUGCA